AUGAAGUCCGCUGUCGCCGCCCUCUCCGUGGCUGCCAUCGCCCAGGCCUCGUCCUUCAAGAUUGGUACCAUUCACCACGAUUCUGCCCCGAUCCUCGAUGCCACCCAUGCCAACACCAUUCCUGGUGCCUACAUCAUCAAGUUCAAGGAGCACGUUGAUGAGCCCAAGGUCAAGUCUCACCACGCCUGGGUCUCGGAUAUACACGGUGAUGGCCAACAGCAGCGCCUUGAGCUCCGCAAGCGUGGCAUCUUUGACUCGGCCGAGGAUGCCUUCGCCGGCGUGAAGCACAGCUUCGAUCUCGGCUCUGCCUUCCGCGGUUACUCUGGUCACUUUGACGACGCCGUCAUUGAGCAGAUCCGCAACCACCCCGACGUCGAGGCCAUCGAGCGUGACUCCAUCGUCCACACCAUGGUUCCCAUUACCGUCAAGGACACUGUCACUCAGGACACUUGCAGCCCCGAGACAGAAAAGCAGGCUCCUUGGGGUCUUGCCCGUAUCUCCCACCGCCAGACUCUGGGCUUCGGCACCUUCAACAAGUACCUUUACGCCGAGGAUGGUGGUGAGGGUGUUGAUGCCUACGUUAUUGAUACUGGUACCAACACCGAACACGUCGACUUUGAGGGUCGUGCCCAGUGGGGUUACACUGCUCCCGAAGGUGACGCUGACGAGGAUGGCAACGGUCACGGCACUCACUGCUCCGGUACCAUCGCUGGUAAGAAGUAUGGUGUUGCCAAGAAGGCCAACGUCUAUGCCGUCAAGGUUCUCCGCUCUAACGGCUCGGGCACUAUGUCGGAUGUCAUCAAGGGCGUCGACUGGGCUGCCAGUUCGCACGCGGAGCAGGUCAAGAAGGCCAAGGAUGGCAAGCGCAAGGGCUUCAAGGGCUCCGUCGCCAACAUGUCCCUCGGCGGUGGCAAGACUACUCUCCUUGACCAGGCUGUCGAUGCUGCCGUCUCCAAGGGCCUUCACUUUGCCGUUGCUGCUGGUAACGAUAACGCCGAUGCCUGUAACUACUCUCCUGCCGCUGCUAAGAAGGCCGUCACUGUCGGUGCCUCCGCCAUCGACGACAGCCGUGCCUACUUCUCCAACUACGGCAAGUGCACCGACAUCUUUGCCCCUGGCCUGAACAUUCAGUCCACCUGGAUCGGCUCCAAGUAUGCCAUCAACACCAUCUCUGGUACCUCGAUGGCCUCUCCCCACAUCUGCGGUCUCCUCGCCUAUUACCUCUCCCUUCAGCCUGCUUCCGACUCUGAGUACGCUGUUGCUUCCAUCACCCCCGCUGAGCUCAAGGAUAACCUCAUCAGCAUUGGUACCAAGAACAUCCUGAGCGACAUUGACAAUGACACCCCCAACGUCCUUGCCUGGAACGGUGCCGGCUGCAGCGACUACAAGAAGAUUGUCGAGGCUGGCGCGUACGACGCCAAGCGCACCUCGUCCAAGACAGAGAACAUUCACACCAAGAUCCAGCACGAGUUUGACGUUGUCUCUGGCGAGAUCACCAAGUCUGCCAAGUCUUUCGGCGGCAAGGCUGAGAAGUUUGCCAAGAAGAUUCAGCAUAUUGUGGAUGCUGAGGUCAAGGACUUCCUCUCCCACAUGGAGUAA